AUGCGAAAUCCUCGAAAUAUUUCAGCAGAGUCCAGCGGCUCGGAGGUAUCGAAAAAGUCAUUGUUCGGUCGAGACAGCCAUGAGCACGGCUUCAAAGGAUCUCGAUACGACCACAGUCACGGCGACGAUGAAGAGGGAGGUUUCGAACACGGUUACCAUUUGAACGGCAUGGAUUAUGGCUCGCAGUAUGACUCUCACCGUUAUGGUCACGGUCAUCAUCCGGACUUCGGGAAACACUCUGGAUAUCCUAGUCUUUAUCACCAUGGUGCUUCUCCCUACUAA